AUGGUACAGCACUCACACUGGAACUACUUGGAUGUGCCCAAGCGAUCUGCAAGUGCCGCUUUCUCCAUCACCGAUCCUGUCAAAGCGGGCAUAUUCGAUGAAGCAUCAGGAGAUAGUAACAUCACUUGUGCUACUUCUGAGACUCAGUACCUUCAGGUCACGAGCAAUUCAAGUCAUCGCGCUCCGAGUCCUACAUUCAGCGAAGCUGUUUACGAUCUGCAACAGCAACUGAGUACGAUUUCCGAAAGACUCUCAGCAACACCAUCAGAUGAUGACAAUGUCUGCAAACCGUUCAAGUUUGACUCCGUUAUCGACAACAUGUCUCGGGUACCUACCUUGCCCAAAAAGUCACGUAAACGCCAGUGGGUCAAGCCCGCCCUUUUGAGUGCGUCCCAACCGUUGCCUGCGGUGACAGACCUACCAGUCCGCCGCCAAUCAGUACCGCCCAGGAAGCAACAGAGUUCGCACGACCACGAAGACGACGUCCGUAGAGUCUCAAGCGUACGGUGCUCAUUGUCACCUGAUAUAGGAUCUAUGUGGCUGUCCUGGAGCGUAUCGUCCGCAAAGAAAUCACCAGCUUUGACGUUUGAGCACGAGGCUUUGUGUCUGAAGAUCAUGGCCUAUUCGGCGUCUUUUGAGGACCUGAAAUCCUUGUCGAUGGUAAACAAAACAACAAGGAAAUGCUUUGAAAACAACAAGCUAAGACUCAUGAAAUCCACGUUGUUCAACGUUUCGCCACCAGCAUGGGAGUUGAGGGAACUCUCCCCAUUUCCAUUCGGCAAUUUCAUGCCUACAGACUUCCUCGACGACACCGAAAUUUCCCCUUCAGCCUACAUGUCGUGUACAGUGCAUGACCGGCUAAUCGUCCGAGAACUCAAGGGCGUCAUUGCUACGAAGUGUCAGUCGUUCAUCCGUCCUGAGACUGUUUCUAGUCUUAUGACGGAAGGAUCCACCAGAUUCGAGGACGCUAUAUACCGUGUAUGGUCUUUCUGCAAGAUGUUCGGUUGCGACAGAGGCCGGGAAAAUGACCUCAAAGGCCAGACUGACUGGCUCAAGGGUGGUGUUCUAGCACACCAGAAAGGCUGUGCUGCCACUCUGAGCUUUGGUCCAGAAAUCGAGAUUGAUGGAAUCUUGCUCAACGCUCCGGAACACUUUGCGGUCGGAAAUGGCUCUGGAUUAUCUGCUGAGCAGCUCUACGAUAUGUCAGAGAUCUGGGAGUGUCUAUUCGCUUUGAUGCAAGCUUACGAAGGGGAGACAAGCAAAGCACAAAGCUGUGGCAUCUUCCGCCAUACCGGCGGUGGUUUCAUGGAUCCGAAGAUACAAGGCCGGGUUGUCGAAGAAUGGAUAGCUUAUAUCUUGUCUCUUGGGCCAUCGGUUGUUUUGGAGCUCGCAAGAUUUGACGACACGAGUGCCGGACUCGACUUUGCUCACCUGAAUGACUGGACCGACUGGACACCUCCACAUUCUGGUAUGACCCGGCGGAGAUUCUUCCGUGAACCUGUCUCUCAGCUUUACGAAGAACGGCUUCUUGCUUCCACAGCUAGUACUCAGUCAAAGGAUGUCACCAAGACAUUGCUUCGAAAGCGUCAGACUGCGGAGAUGAACCUUGCUUAUCGCCAGAUGUCCCUGGGAAGCAGGAAGAUCGAAGAACCAUCAUGUGCUCUGAGUCGUCAUGACAGCGCGCUCGCUCCAGAGGUACACAAGAAACCAAUCUCAAGGAGGUUGUCGACCCCCACUUCUCCCAGGUCCCCUUUUACAGAUGCCGGAGACGGCUGGAGAACACAGCCCAUGUCUUGGUCGCCCAGGAAAGUGAGCCCGAUCAUUGAACAUAGAGUCGACACGUUCAACAGACUGAGUAUGCUCAGCUUUGAGGGAUUUGCCGAGGACACGAGUGGAUUGGCCAUUGGCAAAAUCAUGGAUAUCGGAUUUACGAAUGCACAGGCAAAGGAGGCGCUACGGAUCACAGAUAUGGGCAGUGGUUUGAGAGUGGAUCGGGCUGUAGAUUGGUUGUUGAGACAAAAUCGUUUCUAG